AUGAAGACCAACCCUGCGGGCUCCCUACUAGAAACCUGUCAAACUGCAGGCCAGGGCGAGAAGGCAUGCCCUGUAUGCCAGGCCUGUGGAGGGACCUCAGGCCAGGGGUCUGCUUCAGGGCCCGGGUCAGGCCUUAGGCAAGGGCCUGGAGUGGUUCUGGACUCUGGACUGGGGCCUGGGGCUAUUCCAGGACCUGGGCCUGGACCCAGUGCUGUUCCAGGGUCUAGGCCACAGCUAGACACAGGGUCUAGCACAGGGUCUGUGCCUGGGCUGCGACCUGGUACUACUUCAGGACCUACUACUACUCUGGGACCUGGGCUAGGAGCAGGAUCAUUACCUGGACCAGGAGCUAGGUCCGGACUGAGGCCAGGAUCUGAGUCACCAGGAGCUGGGUCAGUACCUCAGCCAGGAGCUGGGUCAGUACCUCAGCCAGGAGCUGGGUCAGUACCUCAGCCAGGAGCUGGGUCAGUACCUCAGCCAGGAGCUGGGUCAGUACCUCAGCCAGGAGCUGGGUCAGUAGCUCAGCCAGUAAGUGAUUCAGUAACUAGUCCGGGAUCUGCACCAUUACCUGUGCUGGGGCUAGGGCCUGGGACCAGACGAGGCUCCGGGACUGGCUCUGACCCCGGUGAGUCAGUGAGAACCCCAGUACCAGCACUACAGCAGAAGACUCAGGCCAAACACACACACGCCCCCAGACAGAAAGUUCUGGUGACUGGAGGAGGAGGUUACCUAGGCUUCAGCCUGGGUUCCAGCCUGGCCAAGAGAGGUACCACUGUCAUCCUGCUUGACCUCCGCAGACCCCAGUGGCCACUACCCUCAGGAACUGAAUUUAUCCAGGCUGAUGUCCGAGAUGAAGAAGCCCUGUACCAAGCCUUCCAGGGGGUGGACUGUGUCUUUCACGUGGCCUCCUAUGGCAUGUCUGGGGCUGAGAAGCUACAAAAACAAGAGAUUGAGUCUAUAAAUGUCGGAGGCACCAAACUAGUGAUUAAUGUCUGUGUCCGUCGGCGGGUUCCAAGGCUCGUGUACACCAGCACAGUCAACGUGACAUUUGGCGGGAAGCCCAUAGAACAGGGUGAUGAGGACUCCAUCCCAUAUUUCCCCCUGGACAAGCAUAUGGACCACUACUCUCGAACCAAAGCCAUUGCUGACCAGUUGACUCUCAUGGCCAAUGGGACACCACUCCUAGGAGGAGGCACCCUCCGCACCUGUGUGCUCCGUCCCCCAGGGAUCUAUGGUCCUGAAGAACAGAGACACCUGCCCCGGGUGGCGAGCCACAUCAAGAAGAGACUGUUCAUGUUCCGGUUUGGGGACCGCAGGACACGCAUGAACUGGGUCCACGUGCAGAAUCUGGUGCAGGCACACAUGCUGGCGGCUGAGGGCCUCACCAUGGCUAAAGGCUACGUGGCUAGCGGGCAGGCAUUCUACAUCAAUGAUGGAGAGAGUGUCAACCUCUUUGAGUGGAUGGCCCCACUGUUUGAGAAGCUGGGAUACAGUCAGCCCUGGAUCCAGGUACCGACUUCCUGUGUUUAUCUGACAGCUGCAGUGAUGGAGUACCUGCACCUGGCACUGAGGCCCAUCUGCACCAUCCCCCCACUACUCACCCGCAGUGAGGUGCUCAGCGUGGCCGUGACGCACACCUUCCAGAUUGCCAAGGCGCGCUCUCAGCUUGGCUACGUGCCGGACAAGUUCAGCUUCGCCGACGCAGUGGAGCGAUACGUGCAGGCCACGACUCCGCAGCCCCGCUGUUGCACCGCGCUGACGCUCCUGCGGCUGCUGCUCGUGCUCCUGCUCCUGCUCGGCCUGCUGGGCCUGGCCCUGUACUUCCUAGGGCUGCAGCCUUUGCAGGCGGUGGUGGAAAGGCUCUGAUCCCGACCCGGACAA